GUCAAACUUUUGCAUUUUGCGAAUCCGGAUCAUUUUGGUUCAACUUUUCCACCCGAGUCGCGUUAAAUUUCCAUCGGUUCCGGUCCAAUCGGAUAUUCUUGAUUCGAAAUCAUGCAGGCAGUGCGUCCCUUGGCUAACCUGACGAACCUGGCCGUCCGCAAUACGGCGGUUCUGUCCCGGGAUUACCAUGCUCACAACUUCCGGGUGUUCACCAUGAACGAUAUGCCGGUGCCGGAAGGUGAUUUCUUCGAGCAGCACGCCCGCAAGAAUCGUGUCUACAACGCCGUGCUGGCUGCCGGAAUUGUAAUCUUCGGCAUUACCGUCUCUGUGGCUAGAGAAACCGGUUUGAUCUACCUGAACAAGAACCCACCAAAGAGCCUCCAUUAAAUCAAACGCGGUGGUGAGAGAAGGUUUGAAAAGCCUCGAGUAGAAAGGUGAUAAAAUUUGCAGUUACUGAAACAUUGAUUGGGAUGCUGUAAACAAAAUUAACGCGUAUUAAACGAAACAAACAUG